AUGGAUGAAAAUCUUUCUGAAGAAACCUUGACAGGUUUACUGCUUAAAAAAGAAAAAGAGCUGCAAAAUUUGGCAAAAAUUAGGAUAAAUCAGCUACAAGAAGAACUUAAAUAUAAAGAUAACAUAAUACAGGAUCUUGAAUAUCAGAUGAGUAAAAUACAGGAGGAUUUUAACUUUAAUUUGCAAAUAAUACAGGAGAGAGAUGAAGAAAUCGCUGAUUUAGAUGCGGCAUAUAAAAAUGUUACACAAGCUUUUAUUGAAAAACAAAAUAUUUCAAAAGAAAGCUCGGGAUCUGAAAACCAAGCAAAAGCCAACGAAAAUGUAUAUUAAUUUAUAAUUAUUGAUCUAUAGAUCAUACACCUAUAUAGAUUUCCAUAUCGAGAAAGUUAAAGUAGACCUUCACGGAUUCUAUCGAAGGGAUGAGCUAGAUCUCUAUGGUAUGAAGGAUUAAAAAGUGGCAUGUCAAAAAAUGGUUGAUAAGUAUGAACCAAGUUGGCAAGUAAAUGCGCCAAAUUUUAAAUUGGCCUUGCUAUAAAAUUCAUUGUUAAAUUGAAAUCCUUUUUGAAAAAGCCUCAAAGAAUAUUUCCAUAUUUUAAAAAAUAUAAUUAAAAAUAAAAAUUGUCAGCCAACGUGUGUUUUAGAGGCAGGAUAGAAUUUUAUAAAAACACAGCUAAUUUGUUGAUGAAGAUUGGAGCUCUUAUUUCUAAAAUCUAAAGAAAGUUCAUUGUAUACGAAGUUCUUAAAGGCUCGCAUGAGGAGUGCUUUGCUAAAUUAAACAUUUCUCAAUAAGUAAAAAUCAAAAAUUUGUCAGUCAAUGUGGGUUUUAGCAGAAAGAUAGAAUUUAAAAUAAUAUCAAGCUGGUGAUGAAGAUUGGAACUCUUAUUUGUAAAGUCAGCAUUAAAGGAAAUUCACUGUAUGCUUUAUGGCAAAAGAAUUCAAAAAUGAUUAAAAUUUUGUCUUAUGAGCUUUUAAAAAUUUGUAUUAAAUAAACUUUCUUGACUAUAGAUUUUACAAAGGGGGGUUAUUAUUUCAUCUGUUUUUUUAUAAAAAUCUAUCCUCCCGCUAAAAUGGAUAUUGACUGAUGAGUAUUAAUUUUUACUUAUUAACCCUUAUUUAACUUUUGCUAAACACAUUUACUGAGCUUUAGCAACUUCUUAUAGAAUUUAUAACGCUUAACGUCCACUACAGGGUGACAUCCCCAGGCACUAUCGCUCGCCUUGCGUCGCAUCGGGCCCACAGGUCGCUGGGGAUGGCCUGCUUCGAUCACCAGGGUGCUUCUCGGGAGAGUGUUCCGGCUUCGACGGCUCAUGGAUGAGCUACUUGCUUGAUACAUGGGUUGCUUUUCCGAAAAAAAAAAAUGGAUUUUUCUGGUCGCUAUCGGCAAAAAAGGAAAAACACGUAGCCUGGGACGUAACGCCCAGUUUCACGCUAGGGAGUUGCCCGAUUGGUCCUAACGGACUCUGCUGAGCUUCCCCUUCCCAACUCCGUGCCCUCCUUCCCCACGAGGAAAAAUCCACCCCUGAGAAUAGACUAGGACUAGGCUCUGAGCACCACCAGAAUUGCUUACCUAGUAUUGCCGUCCAUCUCUAGAAUGGUAAAACCUUGCCGGAUAUAAUUAAAAAAUAGCAACUUCAUAUACAAUUAACUUCCUUUAAUAGAGACUUACAACUAAGAGUUCUAUCCUUCCACUAAAAUGCACAUUGGCUAACAUUUUUUUGGUCCUUACUUGUUAAGCCAUAUUUAAUUUUUGCUAAACGCUCCUCUUUCUUUAGUACAGACUUUAAAAUAAGUUUUCAAUCUUCAUCAGCAAAUUGGCAUUAAUUUUAUAAACUUGAUCCUUUUACUAAAAUGCAUAUUGACAAGUUUGAUUUUUAAGAGGCUUCUUAAAAAAAAUCAUUUUAUAAUUCUUAACGACACUGCAUUUACUUGCUUAAACAGGAAUAGAAAAAAAUUAAGUAAGAUACUUAUCAAUUCUAGUCUAAAAAGGUAUCUUAAUUUAAAAAUUAAUUUUAAUAAUAAGGCCAUUUUAAAAAUUGGCACGUUUCUUGCCAACUUGGUCUACACUUGUCAACUAUUUUUUGACAUCUCAAUUUUCAAUCUUUCAUAUAAUAGAGAUAUAGAAUGCGUCAAGAUAUAUUUACAACUUGCUCGAUAUGGAAAUCUAUAUAGGGGCAUGGGCUAUAUAAUUAUAAAGUAAUACAAAAGGGUACACUAUUCAGCUUAAAUAAAUAUAAAAAAUUUAGAAUACGAAAAAGUCAUACAAGAGCUGUCAAACCAAUUAGACGAAAUUACUCGACAAAUUAACGUGCUAAAAUUCGAAGCAGAAUCAAAAUCAAACCAGUGUGAAGAACUUAAAGAAAUUUUGCAAAAAAAGCAAAACAAAUAUAAAAAUGAAAUAAAUAAAACAAAAGAUAUAAUUGCAGAAAAAGACACAAAAAUUGAAGAACUAUCAAGAAAAAUCAAUGAUCUGCAAAAUGCUAAUGUAAAGCAAACUAAUGAAAUGACUCUAAAAAUAAUGACUUUGGAAAAUGAAAAAAAGGAGCUGAUACAGGAGCUUAAAAAAGUAAGAGAACAAAAUAUAGAAGAAAUCCAGUAUUUAGGGCAGCUGAAAAUAUCAAAUUAUGAACAUUUAGAAGCAACGCAUAGAUCUGAGGUAGAAAGAUUAAAUAAUCAGAUUUCUUUAUUAUUGGAAGAUAAUAAAAAAUUAUCUCAUAGCUCAGAUCAAGCGAAAUUUCUGAUUUUAGAUAAAGAAAAACAAUUUAGAGCUGAAAUAGAAGAAUUAAAAUCAAUAUAUGACCCUAUGACAAAAGAAAUUGAGGAUUUAAAAGUUACUAUAAGUCUUAAAGAUAGCGAAUUGGAAACUGUGAAACAGCAUAUAGAGCAUUGAAAAAAGCUGGCUCAUGGGAGAUCAGAUGAGUUGGUGAAAGCUAAGCAGUCUCAGUUGGUUAUGGAUGAAAAAUUGAAAGCAUUAGAAAGGGAAAUUGAGGAAAUCAAAAAAAUAAAUUAAUAUAAAUAAGAUUGAAUGCAAAAUAGUAUUUAUAAGGCAAAUUUUUAUAAUUUAUAGGAUAAAGAGAAAUUCUUAAUAUUCUUAUAAAGAAUUUGCAUGAAAUAGCUUAUAAAGUAAUAAAUAGUGAAAAGUGCUAUAGUACUCCAGUGAAAAAUAUAUUUGAAAAUCAAGGAACCCAAACUGAAAUUAAGCAAAUUUCAAAGCAAAGUUCUACACCUACUAUCAGUGUGAAAAGUAAAGAAGAAGAAAGUUCGAUUGUUAAAAAGCCAAGCACUGAUUUUAGUGUCAAUGUGAAAGACUUAGAAGGCUCUACACAGGAUAGGGAUUAUGAAAAUACAUAUAGAAGUUCCAUAAAUGAAGCAGAGCAAAAGGCAUAUAGAAGCUCUAAAAACGAAACAGAGCAAAAGAGGUACGAUUAUUAUGCAGAAACUUAUAAAAGCACUGCAACCAAAUCAUUUGAUGAAUAUUUUGAUAAAAUUCAAAAACACAUAUCUAAUUUAACAUCAAAUCUAACACGAAUGAAAAACCAAUCACAUGGGAAAUUUUCAUCUUUAUCUUCUUAUAAACCCUCAAUAACUGAAGAAACUGAGCAUUCCUAUCAAGGCUCCAAAUAUUCAAACAGAUUAAAUAAAUUCAAGCCAAAUCGCAGAUAA